AUGGAGUCCAGCCGCGUCCACUACCCCAACGAAGUCGAGGAGGCAGUCAACGACAUGGUCCAGGCCUACGUCGACGCCGAGCUGGCCUAUUCGCAGGCAGCCGCCAAUGCCUACAGCGAGACCGUCUACCUGAAGAACUUCGCGCGCUACUUUGAGGCUCGCGCCCGCGAACUGAACUUCUUCCGUGCGCAGAUGAUGCGUUACCAGGCCGAACGUGGUGGACAAAUUGAAAUGCCCGCUCAACGGACAACCCAGUACACCUUCAAGGCCGCCAAGUCUGCGAAGGAGAUGACAGGGGUUAUGAAACAAUUCGUUGAAAUCGAGAAGAACUUGGAGGAGAAGUGGGAGAAGUUCUAUGAGGUCGCUACCGCAAUGAAGGAUGCAAUGUCGGCCCACUACGCGGAACACUACCUCGUCAAACACCAGAACCGCCAGUAUACCAAGAUGGUGCGCUUCAUGAACAGCCUUGAGCAGUCCGCCUGCGUCUACUUCUUCGAUACCACCAUGAUGCGUGAAGAGGCCGACGAGAAGGAAGAGGAGGAUGAAUGCGACUUCUUCGAACCGACCACUGAACAGAACUAA